UGAAGGGUCUGCAUCUGCGACAUAUGCUGGGGGCUCUAUCAACAUUGGGGAGCAUAGAAAAAGAAUGGCACAUCAAUUGGGGACCGAACCGACGUAUGCAGCUACAUUUGAACGCACAUUUCAAAAGAAAGAUAAGACAUGGAUUCGCGAUCGAGCAAAAUCUGUUAAGGAAAAAUAUGACGAGCUUUUAAUGAGUACUGCUAGUGGCGGUGAUGGUGGAGCUGCGUCCGAGCCAACGGCUGACAAUAUGGCAUUAUGGGUGGAGGCAUCAGGUGGAAUGAAAGAGGGAAAAUAUUUGGCAUGGGAUCCUUGUCGAGGAUAUACACAGCAAAGGCUGCUAGAAGUUCAUCAUCCAACACGGCUAUUUCAAGGACGAAACGAGUCGAGGAGGAAAUGA